UGCAAGUUUUUUGCCACCGAAUUGAAAAGUCGUCUAGAUGAAUCGGCAAGAUCAAAGGAGAUCAUUGAAACAGGACAUGGCUUAGACAGGAAGAAGAAAUUCAAAUAUUUGACUUCAGAGUUAAGAUUGACAGAAGCCUUACACGAGCCCCACAUAUGUGAGAAGAUCCUGGAGUACAACGUACAUGCCGAGAGAGAAGGAAGUCUGAGAUAUGCGAAGGGAAUGAGCGAAACAAUGCAGACGUUGCAUGGCUUAGUCAACAAAGGUGUCAAGGUGGAGCUGGGAAUUCCAUAUGAAUUGUGGGAUAAGCCAUCAGCUGAGGUCUCCAAAAUGCACAGAGCUUGUUUCACAUUUGCAGAGGAGUACGAGGAGAGAAUAGAAGAAUGGUACUAUAAUUAUCAGGUCGAUAAGAACCUUCUUAAAUACCUAUGCUCUGAUCAUUACCUAAAAGACAAGGAUCAAAGUAUGUGUCUGUCUGUCUGUCUGUUUGUCUGCCGGUCUGUCUGUUUGUCUGCUUGCCUAUCUGUUUGUUUGUUAAUGUAUUUGAUGAUUUUAUUCAAUUUUUUACAAUUUUAA